AGGCCUUCUCCUUCUAGUCAACCUCAACUUGUCUAAAUAUUCAUCGCCGUUGAAAUCAAAUGUUUUCUGCCUCACUGUCAACUGCUGCUCUUCACGAGUCUCAACACCUCUUUGCUACCUCAAACGAUGAUGUCUCUGCUCGCUUCGAAGCCCAAGCGUUUGAAUCCUCAUCAUCACCAACAUCCGAGGCAGAUUAUCUUGAUGGACUACCCGCUAUAUUUGUCCUAGCCGUCUGGGUGCUCAACUAUGUUAUUCCGCGCCUCUUCACCUUGUAUUUCUACGUCAGAUAUUCCUGGCUUCAAUCUGAUCGACACACCAAGUCUUCAAGCCCCGAAGAAGCUGGUCUCUUAGCGAGCUCCGAUACUGUGAAUAGGACGUCUCAUGGCAAAAAUAAAAGCUUUGCUGUGUCGUCCAAUGCGGUCUGCGAGGCUGAAGAUCAGGUGAUUGCGAGUGAGCUUCAGCAGCACGAAUGGCGUGGUGUCUUGGAAUACAUCAAGUCUUCUCCUGUCAUUGACUUGGUGGAUGUAGAAAGAUCGACUGACCCCAGAUGGAGCCAUCCACGAUUGAAACUUUUCCUAGCUUGGAAAGAUUGGAUUACGACUAUUGGAACGAUUGGUUUAUUUUGCGUUGGCUGUCUUCAAUUUCGACACAUCCUGCUCGGAUCAGAUUCACUAAACGCUGCGUGGCUUUUACCUCAUGUUUUGAUGUGGGGCUUGGCCUCGAUCCUCUCUAUAGUCAAACUUCGCUUAUCAAUGAUUCGAAAGCAAGAGCAUCCUGGCGACACUUAUAGCAAUCUUGAGACACUUCUCAUUCCUACAUAUCUCCUCUUUCUACCAUUUGCGUUCUAUACCGCACGGGGCGCGAUACUAGUUCAUCUCGAUCACUCAUCGUCAUCCGAAAGCCUUUAUUUGGCGACUCUACAAGAAGCCAACUUUGCGAUCCUUCUGCUUAUUACUGGGCUUGAGCUUUGCUCUUCUCGGCCUACCAGGCUGCUCCCAACUCGAGGAUUGACAUCGAAAACAUCACAGCCAUCUUCUGUUGAAGUCAUCCCACCACCACUGGAGCCGCGUAGUUCACUUCUUGCUUUGGCAUAUUACGCACACACCGAUGGUUACUUAUGGCGACAUACUUUCAAGACUGCUACACAGGCUUCAAUUCCUGAUUUACGACCAGAUGACAAGACAGCUGCUGUCCUAUUUCGAUGGAGACACGAUCAGGCAGAAUACGCAAAAUUGGGAAUCAAACCUAGUUUAUUAAGAUCACUCGCCUGGCACCUUCGUUAUGAAUUGCUCGGUCAGCAAUUUUAUGCUUGGUUCAAUGCCAUCGGAGCGCUUUUACCACCUUUCUUUCUUCAACAUAUCCUUGGCUUUAUCUCAGCUAAAGCUGCCGGAGAAGACCUGCCUAAUCACUUAGGUGUUCUAUAUGCAUUUGGUAUGCUAUGUACGCAGGUGUUUUUGGCUUUCUCCCAGGCCGAGGCACUGUUCCUCGGUAGAAGGCUUUCUGUCCGAAUUCGAGCUUUGUUUAUCGCUCUGAUCUUCACCAAAGGCCUAAGACGAGCUGAUACUACACCCAAGUCAGCGAGUAGUGCUGAAACUUUCCCUACGCAAGACGCGACAGAUGGGAAAAAUCUGAAGGGUAAAUAUGACAAUGAAGAAGGCGAAGGAAGGGCCUCGAUUGGAAAGAUUGCAAACUUGGUCUCUAAUGACACCAUGAGCUUGUCAGAAAUUGGUGCCUACCUACAGUACGAUUACAAUUUAACGGUCAUCGCUAAGUUAGAGAGACAAUUGAUGAGGGCAGCGGAUCGUCGCCUUGGUCUUACUGGCGAGAUCAUCAACAACAUCAAGAUUGUCAAAUUCUUUGCAUGGGAGUCAAAAUUCACAGAAAAAAUGUCUGAUCUCAGAGAUGCAGAGCUCUACAUACUCUUCAAGCGAUUGUUAGUGGGACUCUCCCAAACGGCAGUCUCUUUGGCCAUCCCUAUCUUCGUUAGCAUUGCUACGUUCUAUGUUCAUACCGAGGUCAUGGGCCAGACCUUGACCGCCGAGCAAGCAUUCACCGCAAUCGCGCUCUUCAACGUCUUCCGAUUCCCUUUGGGAGUCAUGGCUGGGAUGAUCGGUGGUCUUUUAAAAUCCUAUGUUGCCUUGCGACGGAUCGACGAUUUCCUCAACGAAGACGAGACUGAGAAAUACUCGACAUUAUCACCGCCAGUUGAAGAAGAGGGCGACCCGCUCAUCGGGUUCAAGGAUGCUGCUUUCACCUACGGUGCCGUUCCCGAAGACGCUAAGGAUAUGUCAGGCUUUCAGUUGCGAGGCCUCAACUUUGGGUUCCCUGUUGGCAAGCUGAGUUUGGUGAUUGGAAGGGUUGGAAGCGGGAAGACCUCAUUGCUGCUGUCACUUUUGGGCGAAACUAAUAAAUUGAGCGGAAGGGCGUUUCUUCCCUCUCCGGUUGCUAGACAAUCGGGUCUUGACCCAGCUGAGACAUUGACCGAUACGACUGCAUAUGCUCCCCAACAGCCAUGGCUCUUAUCCGAUACAAUCAGGAACAAUAUUUUGUUUGGCAGCGCAAUGAAUUUGGCACGCUACAACGCAGUCAUUAAGGCGUGCGCUUUAGUACCGGACCUCCUCACAUUCACUGACGGAGAUUUGACUGAGAUAGGCGACAAAGGUACCGUUCUGAGUGGUGGCCAAAAGGCUAGGAUUUCUCUGGCUCGUGCCGUUUACUCUCCCGCCAAGUUUCUGCUACUCGAUGACAUUAUGAGUGCAGUCGACUCGCACACUGCCCAACAUCUGUUUAACAAAGUUCUUAAAGGCAGUCUGAUGAAGAACCGAACAUGUGUCCUUGUCACACACGCAGUUGAUCUUUGCUUUCCUGGAGCUGCAUUCGUAGUCUCCCUAGACCAAGGCGAAGUUGCCUAUGCAGGAAAACCUUCCCUUUCAAAAUCGGCUUCUUUUCUCUUUGAGCCAAAACAACACGAGAUCAUGGAAGCGGAAUCUCAUAAAGAUCAGACUAUUGAAGAAUUGGCCGGACCCUCUGCGGAACCUGCUAUUGCUCUUGCGACAAAGGCAACCCAGAAAUUAGUCGAGGAUGAGCAGCAAGCGGUUGGAGCAGUGAGCUCGACGGUCUAUCGAUUGUAUUUCAAGGCCCUCGGAGGCUUCUUUCCGAUAGCAUUCACACUUGUUCUUUACUUUAUAUCAGAACUUGCCAACGCAGCCUCUUCAAUCGUUUUGAAAGACUGGGCAGGUCAGACAGAAGGGCAGACAGUUGGCUCUACGUGGAACCCAGGUCUUUAUCUUUUCAACCCCACGGUCACGAUAACAAAGAUCUCGCGCGAGUCUCCCGAUUUACUGUACUGGAAUCGGCUGGAGAAAGACUUUACCACUCAAGACAUCUACGCGGGCAGAUAUCUGCAAUGGUACACUCUUGCGGGGCUGGUCACCCUUGCGUUCCAAUUGUUUCGACAAUUUUACUUCACAAUGCAAGCCUUGAAAGCUGCUCGAAACAUAUACGAUUGCUUGAUGCGCACCGUAUUGAAUGCUAAAGGUGAUAUCUCAUAUAAUGAUGAAUACCAACAGAUUACUGAGAUUCACAUCUAUAUAGUGCGCUUUUUUGAUACGGUGCCCAUGGGCAGAGUCCUUUCACGAUUCACAAAGGACGUUCAAACAAUGGAUCGUGAUCUAUCUGACACACUUACUUACCUCAUCAAUGAUAUCAUCUCCGCCUCUUUCAUCUUGAUCGUUGUUGUCACCGUCUUGCCGAUAGGCUUUUUAGUCGCAUCACUCGUAGCUUCAUCCUUUUAUGUUUUGAUAGGGUACAUAUACUUGGCAUCUACUCGAGAAAUUAAACGAUCUGAAUCUACUACACGUUCCCCUGUCAUCUCCCUUUGCACAGAAUGUUUACAAGGUGCUACUUCUAUCCGGGCGUAUGGUGAUAUCGGACGUUUCAGUCAUGAUAUGUUCCGUAAGAUAGACCAGUAUAAUCGACCGUACUUCAUGCUUUGGAUUUGCAACAGGUGGCUCAGUAGUCGUAUUGAUGUAACUGCCGCGCUAUUCACCUUUGCCGUCGCUUGUUGGAUGAUCCUACAUAAUGCCUCUGCAGCCUUGUCCGGCUUUGCGCUUUCUUAUGUGAUUUCAUUCAACUUUCGAACUCUGUGGAUUGUCCGAUGGUGGGGUGUGAACUUGGAACGUAUCCACGAGUACCUUGACAUCGAUCAGGAACCUAAAGCAGGGGUCAUUCCUCCUGCUGCUUGGCCUUCGCGAAGUGGCUCAAUUGAGGUUGAAAAUCUUUGGGUAUCAUAUGCGCCGCAUCUACCUAAGGUGCUCAAAGGGGUGAGCUUCAACGCUCAACCGGGAGAAAAGAUUGGUAUAUGUGGACGGACUGGUAGCGGCAAAAGCACGCUUGCGUUAUCGUUCUUUAGGUUCAUCGAGGCUUCAGAAGGUAGAAUUGUGAUUGACGGACAGGAUAUCUCAAAGCUUGAUCUUCCCAGCCUGAGAAGCAGACUUACAAUCAUUCCGCAAGAGAGUGUACUUUUUACUGCGUCUAUCCGAUGGAACUUGGAUCCCUUUGACGAACACGACGACAGUAAAAUAUGGGACGCUCUCCGCCGAGUCGGUAUGGCAGCUCCGUUGGGCCUAGUAGGUGAUGGUCCGAGUGGUAGUAGAAGCGGUUCCCCGGGGGGUCAUGAGAUCUCCUAUAUCAGUAGCUUAGAUAUGGAAGUAGAAGACAAUGGUCGCAAUUUUAGCACAGGGCAACGACAAUUACUUGCAAUUGCUCGUGCGCUUUUGAAAUUGCAAAAUUCGUCGGUUCUCAUUCUGGAUGAAUCGACUGCUAGCUUGGAUGCCGAAUCUGACGAAAGGAUUCAAAAGACGAUUAGAACAGAGAUGUCAGGUGCAACGAUCCUCUGUAUUGCCCAUAGACUGAAGAGUAUCAUUGAAUUUGAUAAAGUGCUUGUCUUGGGAUUAGGAGAAGUAUUAGAGUUUGGAAGACCAAUUGACUUAUUGGCAGACAAAGGUUCAGCGUUUAGAGAACUAUGUGGAAGAUCUGGUAACAUGGAAGAAUUGUUAGAGAUGGCAAAGGUUGCAUCAGGAGGAAAGGUCAUAAAUUGAUGAUGACCUCUUUAGUUUCAUUUUUAUAGAGUCCUAUAUGUUUGUUUCUUUGCAAUGUUUUUGAUCGUGAUUGAAUUGUUUUUAUGUUGUUUUCUUGAACUCAAGAUUGACUUGUGUGUCUUAGAUUAUAUCAGGAGUAGGACGAGGGGCAUACAUUCAGACUAAAUUGGUAUCUAUGAGUCUUUUGUCAGUGUUGAAUGUAGUUUUAAGAAAUCAUGUCGGUAUGACUGAAAAACCUCAAAAUUGACCUUUUUAAGGAAAUUGGAUCUCUCCUGGAC